AUGUUUAGUGAGACAUAUGUAGAAAAGCGGCCCCUCAAGAAGCCAAAAUUGGGCCCGGCUGAUGUGUAUCCACAAGAAAUAAAGCAAAAAGAAGAUGAGCUGACAUCAUUAAAUGUAAAACAUGGAUUCGCUACGAUGCCACAGCUAUCUGAAGAGUUUGGAACAGCAAGAAACUAUAAUGUAACGGCUUCUAAGGUCGGAGCUUAUUUUAACGCAAUUCUGGCAAAAAAGGAAGAAUUGAUGACUCUCACAGAUUCUGGACGAAAGAAACAACACGUAAAAGAUAAUUUCUGGCCAGUGACACAACGAACUAAACAAACUUUAGAUAAUUGGUUCAAAGACCUCGCUGGAAAUAAACCUCUAAGCAGUUUGGCAAAGAAAGCUCCGUCAUUUAACAAGAAAGAAGAGAUUUUUGCGAUGCUUUGUGAGAAUCAAGUUACCAUGCAAAGAGCGGCUUGGUUCAUAAAGUUAUCAUCUGCUUACACUGUUGCAGUGUCUGAAGCUAAGAUUAAGAAAAGACAAAUGCCUGAUCCGGCAACUGAAUGGACAAGCACAAUGAUUAAAUUUCUCAAAGAUUUGAUCCCAAAACUUAUCGAAUAUUAUCACACAGCGAGUCCUGCAGGUGCUUCUUCGUCAUUAGUUCCAGUACCGUCAACACCACAAGAAGAACAGAAACUUGCGUUGAAGCAAUGGACUUAUUGUACACAACUUUGCAAAUAUAUGUUUGAAGAAGGCUUAUUAGAUAAGCAUGAAUUCCUUAAUUGGAUUUUAGAUUUGUUUGAUAAAUUACGAACGCAACCGACUGAAGAUGGAAUCCUUAAACUUUACCUUCCACUCGCUUUAAGCUACAUGCAAGACUUCGUACAAUCAGAAAGACUAUCAAGGAAGUUGGCAUAUUUAUCAUCAAAGAAAUUAUCCACAAUGAUCUAUGAAAUGGUAAAUCAUUUAAAUCUUGACACGAAUUCGAAACAAGAUCAGAACAAUGGAAAGAAUCAAGAGACGAAUGGCAAGAAUUUGAAUCCUUAUGAAAAGGCAUUGGAAGAAUAUUUGAGUUGCCCACAACAUCGUGACACGGUCAUUCAGUUAAGUUGCAUGCUUCAAGUCGUGACACUUGAUUGUCCAACAGCUUUAAUAUGGAGUGGUGUUGGUGAAAAUCGUCCAUCAGUUCUUUCAGGAAGUCCACUUGAUUAUCUUCCAGUAGCACCUUCAACUCUUCCCAUGCCGGAAAAGUCCCCGAAAAGUAAUGAAGAGUAUCGAUUGAAAUUAAAAAUCGCUGAAAACAGCAUAAAACAUCGUUCACAACAAGCUGAAUCGCGUUGGUGUGCUGACAAAUGGCGGACAAUAUCGGGAAACUCAACUGUCAAACUUUUAACUAUUCUCGACACUUUGGACAGUUAUUUCUUCGAUCGGAUGGACGUCAACAACUCAUUGGACACACUUUACGCAAAAAUUUUCCCUUCAUUGCCAGAUAAUUCAAAAGAAUUAAAUUCUUCCGAUGGAAAGGACACAAAAAUUGAAUACGAUGUUAAUUCUGAUGAAGAUACUGUCAAGAUUCUAUGUGAAUGGGCAGUGUCAACACAUCGAUGGGGUGAACAUCGUGCAAUGGCUGUUGGUCGACUUCUUGAUAAACGCCAAACUGAAAUUUCAAUGAAUGAAAAUGACAACAACAAUAUUGAGGACAAAGAUUCAGAUUUUGGUGCUAAUGGCACGCCAAUUUUUCAAGGAAUUCUUCUUCGCUUUCUGGACACGGCGCCAGUUCUCGAAGAGAAUGGAAAUGCACAAAACAAAGCUCAAUUUAAGAAUCUUAUUCAUUUAUUCAGUGAAUUGAUAAGGAAUGAUGUCUUCUCUCACGAUGGGUACAUGUGCACGUUGAUAUCAAGGGGAGACUUGCUCAACGGAGCUCCACCAAAUCUCAACCCAAGUGUACAUGGAAAAAAUCAAUCGACAAACACUGGAGGUGGUGGCGACGAUGAUUUCUUCUCUGAAAUUGACUUUAAACCUCCAAAGAUGGAAGAGUUUGACGAUUCAAAUGUAGAUGAUGAUCUGGAAAAGUUAAUUCAGAAUAUUAAAGAUGGACAAAAUAAUUCAAUGGAUGCUCCUGACAGUCCCAAAGAUAAUGAAAAUUUAACAAAUCUUCACUCGUUAAGCACUGAAAAGAAUUCCAAUUCAACAUCGGCAAAUUGUCGUCAUUAUUUGUAUACAAUGCACUUUCCUUUAUCACAAGAUGAUGCAUCACAACAUGACUGUAAUCAACGUUACAUCCUUCUUUAUGGCGUUGGAAAGGAACGCGAUGAACGCAAACACGCAGUGAAGAAAAUGUCGAAAGAGAUUUGCAAACUUUUCAGCAAGAAGUUCAGUAUUGACGUCGCCGAAGGUGGAAAAGUAAAGAAACAUUCAAGAAGUGAAUUUAAUUUUGAAUCGACGCUUAAUAAAUGUCAAUCGAUGUGUUACUUUGAUCAACAUUUUGUCACAUGGCAAUGUGCUGUAACAGUUCAAGAAAUGUUGAAUAGUUUCGCCAUGGGAAAUUCAAAUUAUUUGCCAGUCGCUGAACAUGUCGCAUUUCUAUUUGAUUUAAUGGAAGUUGCUUUGAAUAUUUAUGGAGUGAUUGAUAUGUGCAUUCAAAUCUUAAAAGAACUUCCCGAUGUGGAGUCUCAAUUGAUGGCGAAGAAUUCGAAUCUCAUUAAAAGUUACACGACAACAAUGAGUUUGUAUGUUGUUGGAAUUUUAAGACGCUACAACAGUUGCUUGCUGCUUUCACCCGAACAGACAACUGCAGUGUUUGAAGGAUUGUGCAAGGUCGUGAAACAUGUUUCAAAUCCAAGUGAUUGCAGUUCAGCUGAACGAUGCAUUCUUGCUUAUCUCUAUGAAUUGUAUUUGGCUUGUUCAAUCCUAAAGACGAAGCCACCAUCAGAACCUUUUCACAAUGCUUACCCUAAAAUCAAGCAGACAAUCUACGCACCAAUUAAAUUAAUUCCGACAACACAACCUUUCAAUGCUCAAUUCAUGGCUGACAUUCUAUCAAAUCCAAAACGUGGAGGGAAAAUUGAAUCAAGUUGGGGACGACAAUUGAGCGAGUCGGCUAUGAAUCGUUACAGUUUUGUCUGCAAUGCAAUUAUUGCAAUAACACGUGAAACUGACAAUGAUAAACUUAACGAUAUUGCAAUUAUGUGUGCGGAACUGACAGCAUGUUGCAACUCAUUAAGUGCUGAAUGGUUGGGAGCUCUCGUCGCACUUUGUAAUACGAAGAAUGAAUCUGGUUAUUACAUGGAAAUACUCAAUACUGUUGAUCUACAAAAUGUCCACAUGUACAAUUCAGUUGCUGUCUUUACUUGCAUUUUAGUUGCUCGUCAUUGCUUCACUUUAGUUGACUUUGUUGCAACUGUUGCACUUCCAGCACUUCUCAUUUAUUAUCGAAGUGAAACAAUUAUGAAUGAAGUUGAAGCGAGCGCUCGUUUGACUUGUCACAUUUUAUUGCGAUUAUUUCAAGCGAUUGAAUAUCCACAACCUGGAAUGUAUUCAGUUAGUACGUCACCGAUUCAAGUUAGUGGACCAAUGAAUAGCAACAUAAAGUUGAGUUGCGACAGACUUCUUCUUGGAGGUGCACAUAAGAACAUUUCUGUAGCUCCAGUGUUGGCAGUAUUGAAGGCAAUUCUUGUAGUUGCUGAUGCGACCGUUCAUAAAACAUCUUACGGAAGUGGUGGGGAGAAGAGUGGACUGAACACGCCCGUUCAUCCGGGAAGUACUCCAAAAAGCAUGAGUGGACCAGUUGAUUUAAGUCACAUUUUGGGGACACGCGAGGACUUGGGAAUGUUGGGAGAUGGCGAUGAUCCAAUGUUGGAAUUGGGAAAUUCCAACAAUAAUUUGAACAGCAAUGAAAACGCUCCAAGUUUGUCCGAAUUUGCUCAACAUGUGUUGAAGCAGAUUUGUACACAGGAAUGGGUUUUGGAAUGUUGUCUGAAGAACUGCGAUGAAAUGUGCAAAGAUGAAAUUCUUUUGGAUAAUAUGUUGACUAACAAACAAGCUCAGAGACUGUUGCAUAUGAUUUGUUAUGAUCAGGACACAAAUGCAAAGAUUGAAUCAAACAUGGAUCAAAAGUCACAAAUUGUCAGAAUUUUAGAGAAUCUCGAGCAGUGGUCGUUAAGAAUUUCUUUGCUGGAUCUUCAGUUAAUGUACAAACAGACACAAAGCAACUCGUCAGAAUUCUCAUCGUGGCUUGACACCGUCGCUAGGGCUGCUAUUGAUGUUUUCAUUCCAAAUCAAGAAAGAAAGCAAGGAAGAAAGCCGCCGAUUUGGUUGGUAGCACCUUUGGUAGCAAAGUUACCAUGUGAAGUUCAGGGAAGGAUUCUUAAAGUUGCCGGUCAAGUUCUGGAAAGUACAAACAGUUUUGGCACGAAAAACAAAUCUUCGGAGAAUUCAGAAACUUCCGGAGGUUCCGGUCGAAGGCGAAGCGUUCAAAUCGACCAACAACCGUUUCUUGGACUUGUACUGACGUGUUUGAAAGGACAAGACGAUCAGAAGGAAGGAUUACUGCAAUCUUUACAUUCCCAACUCUCCCAAUUCUUACAGAAUAAAGAACUUGAAUUUGUGGGUGGCAUUGAUGAUCCAACUGGUCGAGAAGAAAUGUUGAACGCGCUCCAAUUAAGAUUUUCACUUGUUGGCGGAAUGUUCGAUUCAAUACAAAAGAAUUCCACAUCAACUACUGACUGGGCACUUCUCUUAGCUCAAUUAAUGAGUCAAGGAGUCAUUGAUUUGAAUAACAACUCUGAAUUAUUUCAUACAGCACUUGACAUGCUUGCAACUUUAAUUCAUUCAACUUUGAUAACUGACAGUCAAUCAGAAAGAGAUGAAAAUAAGAAACUUAACACGAAUUUAGUGAAGAAGUUGAGAAAGGAACUUGCUGAUAAGAACAGCGCAACAAUAAAGCUUGUGAGGCAACUUUUACCACUCGCCAAGCCAGCAUGCGCAAAUUCAUGUGAAGUGAUUGCAUGUGAACCUGUUGGAAGUUUAAUGGAUACAAAGGGUUUGCGAAUUACUGAGAAAGAACGUGUCAGUAUUGGAGCGACAGGGACGAAAACACGCAAAGGCACAAAACGACCAAGAAAGCCAAAAGGAAAUGCAACUCCAGCACCACUUCCUAACCAGCAAUUACAAAAUCCAAUGCCAGCACAAAUGCCUAAUCAGGGAAUGAAUCCAAUGAUGAAUCAACAUUUGAUGAAUCCACAAAUGAGUCAGCAGUUUAAUCCAAAUCAACCGCCACAACAACAACAGCAGCAACAGCAAAUGGGAGGCAACAUGGGAAUGAUGCAGAACAACAGCAUGAUGAUGAAUCAAAUGGGGAUGGAGAUGGGACAAGGAAUGCCUCAAAAUCAGAUGCAAAUGAAUCAAAUGGGAAUAAAUCCAAUGCAACAACAGCAACAACAACAGCAGCAGCAACAAAGUCAACCGACAAAUAUGAAUCAAAUAAAUCCAAUGCAAUACCAACAACAGCAGCAACAGCAACAACAAAUCGGUCAAUUGUCGCAAAUGUCUCAAAUGAAUAUGAAUCAGCAAAACAUAAAUGUCAACAUGAAUAUGAAUCAAAUGGGACAACAAAAUCAACAAUGGGGUGGUUACAAUCAAAUGCAAAAUCAACAAGCGCAAGUUCAAACAUCGCAAGGUAAUCAACAAUUUUAUAAUCAAGCUGGAAUUCCAGCAGCCGCGCCUCAAAUGAAUCAAUUCCCUGAACGUCCGCAACUGAAUCAAUCGAAACAAGCACUUUCAAAUAUGCUUCGACAACGACACCCAAAUCAGAAUGUUCCAUUUAACAUUCAUCAACAGCGAAUGCAAAUGGUGCAGAAUCAGAACCGGCAACAAAUGCAGCAGUUAGCACAGCGUCAAAUGAUGUAUCGUGCAAGAAUGGCUGGUAAGCCGAUGAAUAAUCCGGGAAUGUUGAGUCAACAAGCGAAUGCAGCGAGUGCAAUUAAUCCAAUGGUUCAACAGACUCCUGGCAAUAUGAUGCAAGGUGGACAACAAGCAAUUAUGAGUGGAGGUAAUCAAAAUCCAGCUUUGAUGGCCCAACAAGGUGCCAGCUCAAUGGGAAUGAAUCAACAAAAUCCAAAUGUUAUGCAAGCAUCGCAACCACAGCAAACAAUUCUUCCGGGUCCAAGUUCAGGUGGAAUUAUACCACCAAACUCAAUAGCACCAGCAAUGUUGCAAAAUGCACAACAAUCUCAAGCAUCUCAAAUGAUUAAUCAACCAAACAUGAUUCAACAAAAUGUUGGCAAUCAAAUGGGAAAUUUAUCAUCGCAAAUGGGACAAGGCGGGGGUGCAAAUCAGAAUCAACAAGCGAACAUGUUUCCCAAUCAAUAUCAGAAUAUGAAUCAAAAUUAUUCUGGCUAUAAUAAUCCGAACAUGAGUGCGAAUCAACCGAAUGUUCAAGGUGGAAAUCAAGGAAAUUUAAUGACAAACUUCCAACAAAAUCAGGCUGUGGGUGGAAAUCAACAAAGAAAUCCUCAAGCAGACUUUAUAGCACAACAAAGACGCAAUCAGUACUUGCAGCAACAACAGCAGCAACAACAACAGCAACAGCAAAAUCAACAAACACCAAAUGUGACAAUGAACACAAAUAUAUCAGUUGGACCACAAGGGAAUGUUCCACCACCAUAUCGUCAGGGUGGCAAGCCAAUGGUGAAUCCUAGCAGUCAGCCAUUCCAAGAUAUGAGAAUGAGGCAAUUGAUGAUGAAGCAACAACAACAGCAGCAACAACAAGGAAUGGCGCAACAAUCAAAUAAUCCCAGCAUGGCACAAGGAAUGGUGCCAAAUCAAGGUGGACUUUCACAACAAACACCAUCAGCACUUGUGGCUCAACUUCAACGUCAGCUUCCAAAUCAAAUGAAUCCCAAUAUGAUGAAUCAACAACAAAAUCAACAAAACUUUAAUCAAGGUCCAUUUUAAGUUAAACAUUUUUAAGAUAUUUAAGUGAAAUUUUAAAAUUUCUCAUAUAAUUCAUAAUGAAUUAAAUGAGAAAUUUUAAAAGACAUGUCUUUGUGUCUUCGAAAAAAUGACUGGCAGACCGCAGACAUGUUUUGCAGACACGACUUCCAGCCAUAUUUUCUUUGUCUUCCAGACGUCUGUGGCUUCGUGUUUUGCAAACAUUUUUUAAUGUCUUUGUGUUUUACAAACAUUGUUGAAAAACAAAACUUUUUCCUAAGAAAAUCUACUAAAAGCGCUUAUUUUCGCAUGUGUUCUACAAUUUUUUAGAACUUUCAGUGAGCUUAGAAAAUAUUUAUUUAAGCUUGCUUCGCAAGUGUGCUAUAAUUUUUUGUAACUUGCACUGAAAGUUGAUAAAAAUUAUGGAACACAAGAAAGAAUAAGCGCUUUUAGUAAAUUUUUCUUGAGAAGUCUUUGAACAUGUCUUCAAAACACGCAGACAUGACUGGCAAUCAUUUUUCAAAAGACUAUGUCUGUGGCUGCGUGUUUUGAACACAUUUUCUUGACGUCUUUGUCUUUGAGUUUUGCAGACAUUUUUCGAUGUCUGUGCACAACACUGAAUUCAUUUCGAACAAAUUUCCUUUCAUGAAAAACAAUUUUUAGCUUUCUAAUAAACAUUUUAUUUCAUAUGACUAAAAUCUUAACAUUAAAAAAUUAUUUUUAAUUAAUUUCAUCUGAAUGAACUUCAAUCUCACUUCGAUAAAGUUCCAAUGAGACAAAUAAAAUUAAACAUUUGAAAAUACUUUUG